UUGAUAUUUAUAAUUUUAUGUAUGUAUGAGAGGGGUCACUCUUGUUUUGGUUUAGGAUGACGUAAGAUGUGUUGUUGUGUUGUGUUUUUGGGCAAUUUUUUCUGUUGAGUGAUGGUCCACUUCCACUCCCACGGUUUGGUCCAUUAAUUGGGUUUUUAUUUUCAUGCAUGUGGUUAUGUGGUGGUGCUGCGGGGCUGACCUGACGUGACCAUAUAGCAAUAGCAUCGUAAACGAAUCAAGUGGGUUCUAUUCUAGUGGCUUAUUCUCUCUCUCUCUCUCUAGAGCUAGAAAUUACGGAACCAACUUGUCAAGUAGGUUCCCAAGUACCCUUUUUGGCUACUUAUAAUUGCACAUGAGAUGAGACCAGAGGAGCAAGGUGGUUUGAUUCAGACUUUAUAAUAGUGCUCAUUUCCAAUGUAAUAGCUAGAGCUGGCGGAAGAUUUUUAUUUUUUACCAUCUAAUGUGCCAAUUUUUUUUAUUUAUCAUUUGACUGGAGGUAUAGCACUAUAGCCUAAAGUAAGUACUUUUGGAUUAUUCACUUAUCGUUGAUUUACCAUUACCUUAAUUUACCCACUUUUUUGUUUUUGUUUUUGGGUGUAAAGGCAUUUGUGUGGUGAAAAUUAAAAUCUUCUUUGAUUUGGGAUGAUGGGAAGUGUAGCAGUGGCAUUGUGGCAACAUGUUCCACAUUCCGCGGUUUAAGUAAUGUUUGGAAAAGAUGCCUAGCACAGAAGGGGAUGCUAUAUUCGUAUCUUCGUGUGGCCCAUCCUUGAAUUCUUGUCGUCCCUAAAAUUUUCUAUUAUGUGCAUAUGCAAAAUAUAUGGAUAUUUAUUUAUUAUUAUGGGAGAAAAAUACAUUUACAUUUAUUAAUGUUCUCAACAAAAUACUAGUAGGUCCUUUAGAAGUAGAGGACCAAUGUGUUUGAGUGAGUUGUUUUUCAUUGUUUCUUUUAAGGCAGGCUUACAGUGUGUUUGAAUUAGUUUCUUCACAAGAAAUAAUCAAUUAUUUUUUCAUGGAAAAGAUAAAACAACACAUAAUUGUUUUUACUUUUUUUAUUUUUAUAAUAUGACCAUGAUUUUAUGAGAUAGAGUUGAUUUUUGUGUGUUAUCUCCUAUAACGGUGAUUGUGGAUUGUAACCGUAAUUAUAGAUUAAUCAAGACUCGUUAUGAAGAGAACGGUUACAAAUGAUUGAAAGUAGGUUGACCGUUACCUCAUCUUCAUGUUUAUCAUUCAUCCUUGUGAGUAAAUGUUACAUGCAAUUUUAAGCUAAGCGCCCAACUUUUAAAAAGAUGUGAGAACCUUGCUUGAAAUAUCAGAUUAGAGAGACUUGUAUGUGAGGCACGUUCUGAUGCCCAACCUAUAACUAUUUUGAACCAUAUGUUUGUGAUUUGUGUGAAAAUGUUGACAAGUAAUAUUUGGAUAGAUAUUGUUGGAGAUUUCUACAAACAGGAAAUGCUUUCCAUUGGGAGUACAUAGAUAUAUAUAUAAGGUUCCUAUAUAUAAUGGACUUUCAUGUUCACUCAUGUUGUUGUCAUCCACUUGUAUCCUAUGCCCAAGUACAUUCUCCACCAUACCAGCUGUAAAGUAUUGCACGAUGCUUCGAAAAUGACACAAUUCUGAAACCUUAAAGGAUAUGGCACUGAAGUUUUCAGGUGCCUACAAGCAGUGCAAACCUUGCACAGGGUCUAGUACCUACAAGAAUGGACAGAGGUCAUAUCCUGACUUUGACACCAUUUCAGAAGGGGUUCCAUACCCUUAUAUUGGAGGUGCAAGCUCAACUUCAACCCCUGCUUGGGACUUCACAAGCUCCAAUUUCCCUGGUGGUAGAUCAGACCAAAGAUUUAUGGGGAGAUUCAGUGGUGAUAGGACCCCUAGAGGGCCUCAAUCAGCACCAGCCUCUGAUGUAGUAGUUGUUGAGGAUGAGGAUGAAACCAAGGAGUGGAUGGCACAGGUGGAACCAGGGGUUCACAUUACCUUUGUGUCUCUUCCUAAUGGGGGAAAUGAUCUCAAAAGAAUUCGCUUCAGCCGAGAGAUUUUCGACAAGUGGCAAGCUCAAAAAUGGUGGGGUGAGAAUUAUGACAGAAUCAUGGAACUUUACAACGUGCAGAGAUUCAAUCGACAAGCUCUCAACACUCCUUCAAGAUCUGAGGAUGAGCGAAGAGAUUCUUCUUACUCAAGAAUGACAUCUGGACAAGAUAGCCCCAUGCACUCCAUGUCUUUAAAGGGUUGGACACCAAGGAAUCACUAUAAACCCUCAGGGAAUAACCCUUCUGAAGCUAUGGAACAAGGCAGUGGUGGUGGCCAAGACUUCCAUGCAGCAGCUUCUUCCGUGGAAGCAUCAAGGACAACCACCUCUUCUAGAGACGAGCGUUCAAUGAGCAAUGCCAGUGACUUGGAGACUGAAUGGAUAGAGCAAGAUGAACCUGGAGUCUACAUCACAAUCAGGCAAUUAGCUGAUGGAACAAAGGAGCUUCGCCGUGUCAGAUUCAGCCGGGAGAGAUUUGGGGAGGGACAUGCAAAGAAAUGGUGGGAAGACAACAGAGAAAGAAUACAAGCUCAAUAUCUUUGAAGUGUUGUGGCAUUGAAGAGAAGUGGGUUCCUCAAUUUUGUUUCCUAGAGAUUGUAUGUGGUUAACUCCAUCUUAUGGGAGUGGAGUUGUAUACAGAAAACUAGCAUUCUCACUUUACCAAUACCAUUGGUGAUGGUCUUAUGGCAUUAAUUAAAAUUGUUGAUACCCUCACAAACAAUGCAAGCCCAGAAUUUGGUAUUUAAGGGUCAGUUGCCAUGGUAUUGGGAGGUCUAAUCUUGCAUAUUAAAUAUAGAUGUAUUUAUUCACCCACCUCUUCUCUCUUUAUUAUCUUUUUUUAUCUUCUCGGAAUGCUUUUGCGGU